AUGUCGGCGGGCAAGCGCUAUCGCGCGGAGCCCUCGCGGAAGACGGUGAUGCUGGAGGUGGGCGAGUCGCUCCGCCAGGCCAGCCGCACGGGGGAAGCCGGCAGUGGCGGAAUCGGCCGCGGAGGGACUUCCGCGGGUCGUUCUCUCGGCCGUGCGAGUGGCGGCGAGCGGAAUGCGAAUCUGAGCUCGCCGCCAGCCGCGGAGGUCUCCGUGGACGGGGGAGGCCCCACGGGCGAAGCGGGUGGGCUUGAGCGAGGGGAAUGGCCGCGACAGGCGGCGCUGAGCGCGGAGACGCGCGCGAGGAGCGGGCCACCGACGGGCGUGGGGGGUAGGGGGAACGGAAGAGGGGUAGGCGGAAGGAAGGGGGCGAGCGAGGACGCGCGGAGAGCGGGGGUAGCGGGUGCGCGGGGCGGUUCCGGGAUGGGCGGGGGCAGCGCGGCAGCAAGGGGGUGGGCGGGUGACGCGUCGCUGGAGCGGCUGCAGCGCGAGGCGACGAGCUACAGGCUGUGGGGCGCGGGGGGGACAGCUGGCGCCACGUCAGCAGCAGCAGGGGCGGCGGACGCAGACGCCACACAGCCCGCCACGCCUCCGCUGAAGCUACCAGAGCGGUUUGGAUCGGUGGAGGAGUAUGUGGGGGCGUUUGAGCCGCUGCUGUUUGAGGAGGCGCGCGCCCAGGUGGCGAGCAGCUGGGAGGAGGUGGACGGCGGCGAGGGGGGCGGCGGGCGCGCAGGGGGAAGCAGCGCGGGCGUGGCAGUGCGCGUGGCGUCGCUGGAGGCCACCCACCGAGGCUGGCACGAGAUGCUGCUACAGCUGCUCGGCGAGCAGCAGCAGCAGCAGGGGGGGCGGCGGGCGGGGUGGAAGGAGGGCGAGUGGAAGGAUGGUGACGUGGCUGUGCUGUCCACUGCACGGCCAGCAGCCAGAGAUGAUGACCAAUCACGCUCAUCACCACUACAGCCACCCCAGCAGCUGCGCAUAGCUGGCAUCGGGCGGCGCUGCUACGAGCCCAUGCAGGACGACCGCGGUGCCGCCCGGGCCACCUUCAUUUUUACCUUCCACGAGUCCGCCCUGCCGCCCGACGAGCCUGUGUCUCUCCUCAGUGAGGUCAAGAGCAGGAACCUUCCGUGCACCUUCAUGCCAGUGACCUCGCUGACGACGGCGCAGAGGGAGUUCUCCUCCCUGCACUCCGUGGCGCACCUGCAGCCCCAGAUGCUGGAGGCCGUGCUGCGCCCGGGUCCGCACCUCUUCCCAGACUACGUCACCGAGAUGCCGCCGGACCUCUCCGCCGUCUUCCCGCCCGCCUUCUGUGCGCACCUGCAGGCCUCCUUCAACGCGCCGCAGCUGCAGGCCAUCCACUGGGCCGCCGCCCACACCGCCGCCCACACGCCCGCUGCGCCUGCCAGUGCAGCCGGCACUGCUGCCUCCAGCCGGUCGGGGUCGGGAGGUGCGGGGGGCAGCAGCAAGGGCGGGUGGCCGUUCACGCUGGUGCAGGGGCCGCCGGGGACGGGGAAGACGCAUACGGUGUGGGGCAUGCUCAACGCCAUCCACCUCGUGCACUACCAGCGCUACUACCACUCGCUCCUCGCCAAGCUCGCCCCCGCCGCCUCCGCCACUUUCCUACCCGACGACCCACCGUCGGCAGGUGCCGGCUCGGAAGGUGCCGGUUCAGCGGAGGCGGUAGUUUCGGGAGGGGGCAGCAUAGAGGAUCUGCUGGAGAGCAUGGAUCAGCUGGCCCCGCGGCGGCAGGUGCGCGUGGCACGCAAGCCGCGCAUGCUGGUGUGUGCGCCGUCCAACGCGGCAGUGGACGAGCUGCUGUCGCGUGUGCUCUCCAAGGGCUUCCUGGACGGCGAGAUGCGCACCUACCGGCCGGAUGUCGCGCGCGUUGGUGCCGAGGCCACCACCCCCGCUGCUCAGGUGGAGAGGAGGGGGGGGGUGUGGUGA